AUGACCCCGCCCUUAGCGCGGCGCGGACCGCAUCAAGACAAGAAGUCCCCAUCCGAAUCGCCCCGAGUCGGAGCUAUCGCUGCGCAGCGCGCAGGUGAUCCAUUUGCGGCUCUCGCUGCGGCGGUGGAGCUGGCGACCGGACUCCGCGUCGCCCACCCGAUCACUUCGUCGCCGCAGCGCAUUCACACGGCUUUGUUUCAAAGCACUGGAGGCAGAGAAUGCGGGGAGGGGCGAAUUGGAGCCGCGCCGCGCUCAGCGGGGAUGCUGGGUAUCGAUAUCAUCCCGCCAGGCGCGGCCGCGCUUGACACAGUUGCUGCGCCCGAUCAGGUGCCGCCGGGAGGUACUGCUUCUGGGAGAGGCGGCGGCGGAACGGCCGCAGCUUGGUCGCCGAAUGCGCCGCGUCGCGCGAAAGGGAACUUAGAAUUGUUGGCCGAUCGGGCGUCGCGGGACCGCCUGAAGUCGGAGGCACGCGGCGCUGCGACGGCGACGGCGGUGGAAAGAGCCGCUUCGGAAGCUGCACCGCGGCCCGCGGCGGGAACAUCAGAAGCGGCAGCAGCAGCAGCAGAAAGGAGAAAAUCUUAUCGAUCUGCAGAUGGGGCGAGCCGCCCCCUCGCGACUCCUGCUGGUGCUGCUGAGUUCGCGGGGCUUGUUGCAACGGCUGCUCUCCCGUGGAAAGAAGGGGGUGUGCAAGUGUACUUGCAUGUGCCGACGAGGCACAGCGGGCCCAGUGAUCGCUCUCUCGUGCUCUGUGAUACGACCUGCCCCAGUAACAGCCGUUUCAGCACUGACGACCACCAGGUUGGAAACUCCGAACCCCGUGGUGCAAGCACCGGUGGUGACGCGAGGCGAGACGAGGGGCGGGAGGAAACGAGAGCCUGGCGUAGGGAGGGAGCAGGGCGGCAGGAGGGAGCCGGAGGAGGCAGUGGGGGAAGGGAAGGAUCGGGAAUCGGCGUGUGGGGUGCGGGUGCUGCUGCUGGUGGUAGUGGGAGAGCGGGGGUGGGGAGAGGGGAGGAGGGAGAGGGGAUGAGAGGUGGAGGGCGCUUAUGGUGGCAAGGACAAAGGUGUGGAGGCCAGGAGUCUGGUGCUGGGAAGGAGGAGGAGGAGGCGGAAGAGGAGGCGGAAGGGGGGGAGGUAAAGGAGGAGGAGGAAGAGGAGGCGACUGGUAGGGAGGCAGAGGCAACAUGCGAGGAGAAAGGAGGAGGAGGGGGAGCGAAGGGCAGCGGUGGCAGAGCGAGCUUGUGGGGCGACAGUCCCAAGGGUGCUGCACUCGAAACAGCUUUGCAGGCUCUUACUGCGCGUGCCGCUCCUGCUCCUGCUGCCUCUGCUGAAACUGGCGCUGGUGGGGACGAUGGCUUGCAUAUGCCUGCUGCUGCUGGCACUGCAGGAGGCGGACUGGAGGAAUGCUUGCGUUGGUGGAUGGGUGGGGGUGGCAUGAGGAGGGGGGUUGCAUCAGCAGUGGGUGACAUCAACACACGUAUGGCCAUGGCUCCCACCACUGCCACGCCUGCUGUGGAUGCUGCUGCUGCUUCUGCUGCUUCUGCUGAUGCUGCUGAUGCUGCUGCGGGUACGAGAAGUGUUCCCAUGGGGGUGUUGACAUGGCCUGGCGGCGGGGAGGCAAGGGGGCAGAAGCGCAGGGCGGACAGUGAUGCAUGGGGGGAGGGGCGUGUGAGGGAUGCGCGUGCGUGGGUGCAGGGACGGAUGGAUAGCCACACGCUGUCUGGCUCUCUGGGAGACUUGGAAUCAGUCGUGGCAGCGACAACAACACACCACCUUGCCACCCCUGCUGCCGCCACUGCCCCCACUGCUGCCACUGUCGUUGCCGCGACCGCGACUGAUUUUAUCGGUGCUGCUGCUGCUGCUCCUGCUGCUGCUGCUGCUGCUGCUUCUGCUCCUGCUGCUGCUGCUGCUGCUUCUGCUUCUGCUCCUGCUGCUGCUGCUGCUGCUGCUGCUGCUGCUUCUGCUCCUGCUGCUGCUGCUGCUCUGAAUGCGUCGGCAGCAGGAGCAUCGGCUCCCUCUGCGCCCCUUCCCUCGGACUGGCUCAGGCUGUGGUCCGUUGGAUCGCAUCGAUCGUACGGAGCACAGGCGUUUGCUGUCACGGAGGAGCAAGGGCGAGUGGGAGCGCAUGAAGAGAUCGAGGCAGCGGGAGUAAGAGGAGGUAUGGAUCGAGGCGUGGAAGAUAUAGCGUGGGAUGACAAUGCAUUUGCAGGAAGGCUUGAGGCCACUGGAGGUUUUGCUGCUGCUGCCGCUACUGCUGCCGCUGCCGCCACAGCUGCUGCUGCUGCUACUGCUGCUGGUGGUGCUGCUGCUGGUGGUGGUGCAUCUGCUGCUACUGCGUCUGCACCUCCUGCGCCUCCUGCUCCUCCUGCUUCUAGUGGGGCAGAUUCUGGCCCUCAGGAACCCUCCCAGACACCCUAUUUCCCCCUCACCGCCUUCCCCCCUGCUCUAUUUCCUCUGCCACAGUCCUCCCCAGCACAGGUCACCGCCACAAGCAGCACUCUCAAUCGAUCCUCUCUUGCUGCUGCCCCCACUCUCCCCUCCCCUCUCCACCGGUCCUCGGCCCCACUCCCUUCCCCCCUCUCCACUCUCCCCUCCUCCUCUUCGUCACUCAAACCGCCUUCACACUCCGCGUCCCUCACCUCUCUCGCUACCCUUGCUCCCCUCACCGGCCGCCCACCGGCGUUCGUUUCCGCGCAGCAGCCCUUGCGACUGCUGGAGCACCUGCAGUUGGUACUGCAAUCAUCCCACGGCAUAGGGGCAGCGCUACGGGCUGCGCUCGCCCAGAGUGGCUCUGGCAGACAGUUCGCCAGUGGCGGGACGGCGGGGGCAGCAGGGGGGGUAGGGGGAGCGGGGGCAAGAGGGGCAGCAGGGACAGAAGCUGCAGGUGCAGCUGUCGCAGGAGGUGCGCCUGCGUGGGGUGGUGGCGCAGGGGCAAGGGGAACAUGGGCGGAGGAUCUGGGAGGAGCAAUGGGGGGAGAGGUGUGGGAACAGGCAGGGGGAGAGGCGAGGGACGAGGGCGCUGGGAUGUUGAGUGAGGGAGGAGAAGCAAGGGAGCUGCGGAGCCAGGGGCGGCUGCGCGUGCAGCAGGGGCAGCAGAAGCGCGUGGUGGUGCGCACGCAGUGUGGUGAGAACGACGUGCUGAGGGACGGGCACAAGUGGCGCAAGUACGGGCACAAGGAGAUAAAAAACUGCCCCUUCCCCAGUGAGGCGGCGGGAGUGGGGGCAGGAGGUGGAGGAGGAACGGGCUGGGUAGCAGGGUCAAAGGGAGAGGAGAGAUUCCCUUUUCAAGCAACUAGUUCCGACUAUACUGGGACUACUUCUGCUGCUCCUUCUGUGUCUGCCGUCUCUGCUGCUGCUGCUGCUGCUGCUGCUGCUGCUGCUGGUGCGGGUGGGGGGGUGACUAUCAGUGCAUCGGAGAGAGAGGGUGGGAGGGAUGGUGCGUUGCAGCGCAUGCUGCUGCUCAUGCAGGGAGGAGGCUUGGCUGCGGAGAGCAAGAGCAGCGGGGCAGGACCUGCUUCUGCUGCUGCUGCUGCUGCUGCUGGAGAGGGGACGAGGCAAGGGUUGGUGAGGCAGGGUGGGGAUGGUGUGGAGAGAAGGGACGUGGAGGGAGCAAUGCAGGACCUCGCCUCUCCAACCUCGAAUUCUCUCCUUGGUGCAUCGUCUUCUUCUUCUGCUGCUGCUGCUGCUUCUUCUGCUCGUUUUGCUGCGCCCACGGGGUGUGCACCUGGAAUGACAGCGCGGAGUGGAUGGGCGAGGCUGAUGGCCAUGGAGGCAGCCAAGCUGAGAAAGAGAAACGCUGCUGCUACUCUUGGCCCUGCUGCUGCUGCCCCUGCUGCUGCUGCUGGCCCUGCUCCUGCGCCUGCUCGUGCUGCUGCUCCUCCUCCUGCUCCUGCUCCUGCUCCUGCUGCUGCUGCUGCUGCUGCUUCUGCUGCCGCUUCUACUGCUUCUGUCGCUACUGGCACUCCUGCUGGUGCUGCUGCUGCUGCUGCUGCAGUAGCUACUGGUUCCACUGCUUCUCUUUCGGCUGCUAAUACCAUUACAGAAGGAGGAGGAGGAGGGGGAGGAGGAGGAGGAGGAGGGAGUUCCAACUCUCUGCUUGCUGUUCUUUCCACGCACAGCCUCAGCCCCAGAACAGCAGCACAGCUUCAGCUCAACACACUCUCCAGCGUUGCAGCACACACUCAGCCCCUAUCCAUGUUCCCUCCUCCCAGGCCCGUCCUCUCUCUCUCCCCAACCAAAACCCGGUCCACUACCAAAGCGGCCAGCAGCAGCAGCACUGAUGCACACGCAAUGAGCACAGGCGUGGGAAUGGGCAUGGGCGUGGUCAUGGAUCGAGUCGCUCCAGACUGGAAAGCGGCAGCAGCAGCUGCUGUUGCCACGGCUGAGGGGUCUGAGCCUGCUGCCAGCCCCACAAGCAUCGCCAUACCCCUGACCAGUCACGCUCCUGCUGCCUUCAACCCAGCUCUGCUCACCCGUUCCUCCUCACAUUCCCUGCCUUUCCAUCCACUGACAUCAUCUGCUGCUGCUGCUGCUGCUGCUGCUGCUGCUGCUGCUGCUGUGGCGGCGGCUGCUGCUGCACCUUCAACAUCAGCAGCUGCUACCAUGACAGCUGUAUCAGCUUUUGGUAGGAGCACUGCCGGAGCUCUUGCUGCUGCUGGUGGCGAGGCCUUCGCGUUUUCACAGUUGGCUGACAUGGCUCCACCUCAUGCCCCCCCUGCUCCUCUACCCAACCAUGGCUCUGGUAGUGCUCGUGUGCUUUCUUCUUCUGCUGUCCCCUCGUUCAAUGCUCCACAAACUGGAGGCACAGCAGCGUCAGCCGCAUUGGCAUUCAGUGCAACCACCAGAACCACCACACUGACCCGCUUGGCUCCCCCGUUUGUGUCGUUCUCCCUUCCACCGUCACCUCUCGAGGCAAGGGAGAGUCAAAAGCCUAAUUCAGUGGGCGCUGUCAACUCCAAGUCGUACCUGCGGUUCGGGUUCUUGUCGGCGCGGAUCAAGGUGCCGCCCGUGUACUCGGGGAGCGUCAUCACCACGCUCUAUCUCGCGAGCAAGCUGCCUGGGCGGCACGACGAGAUAGACUUUGAGCUGAUAGGCAGUGAGAGCCCGAGCGGCAUCCGCAUCCACACCAACUACUACGCCAACGGCAAGGGCGGGCACGAGGAGCAGAUGCAGCCGUGGUUCGACCCCACCAGUGAAUUCCACACGUACAGCGUGCGCUGGUCACCCGAGGCUAUUGUGUGA